GUUAAACACUGCGAACUAAGUAGUUGCGUUCCAUUUUUGGACCAAUCAGGGCUGGCCUAUUUUCGUCGCGCAUUAUUAUAAUGUCUUUAUGUGUGGGAAUUUCGAUAGCACUUUCUUGAAAUCCACACUGGUACAAUACUUUUCGGUUAUAAUGUAUUCAGUUAUUUCAAGCGAUUUUCAAACAGCAGUUAGUACUAUUUUCGGUCUCAACUUUUUCUAUGACAUCAUAGGAUGAGUUAUCCACCAGAUGCUUCACGUUCAUGUCAUGAAGCUGAUGGACGUAGUGAUCGAAGCGGUGGUAGUGGUGGUGCAACUAGUGGGAGUGGGGGUGGGGGUGUUUAUGGAACAUUAUGCAGUGCAUUUGGAGGUAGCAACUGGUCAAGCAGUACUGCAUCAUAUGAAGUUGGACAUGAUCCCAUAAUUUCCGUAGCUCCAUCAAAUACAAAUGAACGGAUGAUUUCAAAUUGGAAGAAAUGGUCGUUAGGUUUGGAUUAUUUACUUCAGGAUAGUGAAGGUGUAGCCCUUUUUAAAUCUUAUCUUCAAUACGAAGGUUGUGCAAAUCUUCUUGAUUUUUGGUUUGCAUGUCAAGGUUUCCGGAGUAAAGUUGAUCCUUCUGAUCACCGAAAAAUAACUCAGUUGAUUAAAGCAAUUUAUCGUACUUACAUUAGAGGGUCUAGCAAUAGUCUUAAUUCUCAACCUCUCCUUUAUUUGGGGAAGCAACAGUCCACUCCUGUGCUACAAAACCGAAGUGAACCUAUUCGUCUUAGAUCAGAGACUCGGCAUGCUAUCACAGAAAGAAUUUCACGCAAGCAUACCUUAGACCAAACUGUAUUCGAUUCGGCUCAAGCAGAAGUUGAACACUUUCUACGAACAACAGCAUAUCCUGCUUUCCUUAAAUCUGAUAUUUAUGUCGAUUUCCUACAGACAGCUCUGGAAGGUUCUAUUCGUAAAUUUCCUACGUGGGAACAAACGGUCUCUACCUCGUUAUUCCCAUAUACUGGUGACAAACAGUUAAGUACAGCUACUAACCUCCCAGAAUGCCCGUCAAACAUGGCAUUAGGAGGGAAAGUUCUUCCAACUUUAGAUGAGGAUCGUGAGUUGCAGUCUGAAGAACUAUCACUAUUGCACCCUUCAAGACAGGCUUGCAGACCUGCUUGUUGUCAAAUACUUUCGUUAACUGAUACAGCUGCUGUUACACCUGAUCAUGGUCAUUGUCAGCACUGUAAGAAAUGUCAGUUAUAUAAUCCAUGUUUACCAUUGGAUUAUUCUCAACCUAUCCUAAGACCACCAUCGUGUUAUCAACAAUCGCCAGUUGUGCCUACUAGUUCGGCAGCACCUCUAACUAUGGAAAAUUUGCAGAUGACUCGAUUUUAUCGUACAGAAUUAUCGCUACAACGUUCUUAUUUUAAUCCAUCUCAAAAUCCUUAUGUUACGAGACCUAAUCAAGAAGGUGAACCUGUUGGGCAUGCACAUGUAUCACGUGCUUACAGUUCAACUCCAUGGCGUUUUCACAAUCGCCCCAACUACGCUUACACUCACUGGGCAGAUGCGAUGUGUCCACCUUCUAUGGAUCCACGUUUAGGGAAUUUGCCCAGUCAACCGCCUAAUCCAUAUCAUAUCUCUUAUGCACCAGUUUCAGCACGUGACUCAGAACAUCAUAGUCUUUCAAGUGAUGCACGAACUGAUGAUACUCAUUCACAUACAGAUAGUAGCCACGACGGUGCUUGCAAUCGUUUGCGUGCUCUUAAUCAUCGUUAUCCAAGCCCAUUCCAAUCAUCACGUUCUCAUAAUAACAAUAAUAAUAGUAAUAAUAGUAAACGUCAAAAUCAACUCUCCCAUCAUCAUCAUCACCAUCAUCAACGUCAUCUAUCUACCGGUCCACAAGGGAAUAGUAGUGGUGUUGGUGAAUUAAUGGUGCAGUGUACAUCUCCUAAAUCAUCAUCAUUUCCAACUUCUUUUCAAAGUCGUUUACAACAAUCUAAUCCAUUUUGUCGAAGUCCGAUCGGGAUUGGUGGUGCUGGUGGUGAUAGUCGUAUCAAUUAUGCUUUGGAGACUUUUUCAACCAAUACAAGUUGUCCAAUAAGUACAGCUCCUAUUACUACUAGUAAUAAUGGAAAUAAUCAAGGGAUUGGAGAGAAAAUUGCUCAACACUCAACAACAGAUCCAAUUAUUAAUAAUAAUAAAUCACAACAGCAAAAACAUCAACGUCGUCUAGCUAGACGUGGUAUCAGUUCUCGUCCUUUCAGUGAUAAAACAAAACUACAUAAUAAUAACAAUUAUUGUACCGUUGGUAGUGCUGCUGCCGCCGCCGCCCCUACUGCUGCUGCUGGAAAUCCCACCGGAUUGAAUGUUCCAGUUAAACCAAGUAAUAAAUCAUCGACCAGUCGAUCAUAUAGCAUGGCUGAACAUGAUCCAAAAGCUUUUGCACAAAUUUUAUCAGAGAAACUACAACGUUUAUUAAAUAGUCAAUUAGUUACAGAACGUCUUGAUAAUCUUAUGAUUGAAACUAGUCCAAACAUUCAAGAAAGUCAAGAACAAGUGAAUGAAACUACCAAUUUAAUGAUUACAGAUUAUAAUAAUGACAAGUAUAAUAAAGAUGAAUCAUCUAUUAUUAGUAAUACUUCAACUGUUAUUACAUUCACAACAACUAAUUGUCCUAUUGUUACAAAUACUACUAAUAUUAAUGAAACUACUACUACUACUACUACUGACUUAACAAGUACUCAAUCAAAUUUCAUUCAUAAUCAAAUUACAUCAUCUAUUACUAAUCGAUUAAUAAGUGAUAAUAUAUCAACUGUUGCUGUUAUUACUACACCUUCAGUACUUCAACGUCCAUGGGCUGAUAAGUUAUUAGCUGCUGCUCGUGUUCAACAUGAAAAUACACGUGAAAAUGCUCAGGCUAUUCUUGAAGAUCAUUGUUCAAGAAUAUGGGCUGCAUCAGCUGAUCGUACUCCAAGUAGUGGAGGAGGCGGAGGAGGGAGUGGCGAUGGAAGUAGAAGAGGUGGUCAUCUUCGUGAUGUUGAUGAUGAUGAUGUUGAUGGUGAUAACAACGUUACUAAUGAUAUUGAUCAUAAUAGAAUUGGUCUAGAUCUUAGUAUGCAUUCAACUAGGCCUCAUGAUACUACAACACUAGAUGAUCACUCAUCUCAACGAAAUAUUUCAUUAGAUAUAAAUGAACGUUCAUUUAUAUCUCCAAUUAUCACAAAUUAUAAUCAUGAAUCAUAUUGUCCAUCUACUUCUUUAAAUUAUAAUCGACCAUAUAUUAGUGGUAAUAAUGUUGUUAUCGGUGAUAUCAAUUGGUCACAUUCAACUAAUAAUGAUCUAACAAAAUCACAACAAACACAUAAUCAUAAAUCAUCUUCUUAUUCUAUAGUUGAAAAUAAUUGGAUUAAUGAUGAAAAUACACAACUUAUGCCUAAUAAUAAUACGAUAAAUUCAUAUAAUAAAUCUUCCAGUACAAUCGAUCCAUCAACUACAAAAUCAUUACCAGUAAUCGUCCCACCAUGGUUCGCAUCAUUUUCUCAAUCGAAAUAUUCUCACAAGACAUCAGAUAUUCAAUUACAUACACAUUAUACGGAGCAUUUAGUCGAUUCGAAUAAUACCACUAAUGCUGCAAUAUCUAUGCAUGAUACAGAUCGAACAGAAAAUAGUCCAGUUAAUAUUGGUAGUAGUAGUAGUAGUGGUACUACUACUACUACCACUACAACGACUACAGCUUCUACUACAACUAGCAGUACUAAUGAUCAUCAUCAUCAAGGUUCUGUUACAACUAACACCACAUCUCAAUCAACUCACUCUUCAUCAACAUCAGCUGUUUCUGGGACGUCGAAUUCCACACCGGGAAGUUCCGGUGUAGGUGUAUGCACCUCGUCCAAUUCACUUGUUAUAGGCUAUUAUAUGGGUGAUGAUCCGGUACCCUAUAGAAGUUUAUGGCCAUCAUCAGAGAUUACACUUGGUCAAUUUAAACAAUUAAUUCCCAAGAAAAAAGGUUUAUUCCGGUAAGUGAUAUCGUGUAUAUAUAUAUUGAUGUUAUUCUAAGGUGAUUCUUUAAAUGUUACAUGGUUACAGUUAAGUGAGAGAAAAACUUUCAUCCCUGUAUUCGAUACUAUUUUGUACAAGGUGCAUCAGUUUCAUCAAGAUUACAGGUACACCUUGGUGACAAAUCCCAUCUAGCUGGAAAUUUUAGGUUUAGUAGAGUUCCCAGUCAACUACCUCGAAUCACCCGCGGUGUCAGCACAGGUAGUUUUGUAGGUAAUACCGAAUCGCUUAGACUAAUGCGAUCCUAUCACAACUUAAUCAAUUAAAUCUACUCAAUACUAAAGGAGUAGAUAAACAUGUUGGAGAUGCUAGACCCUGAGAAAUCACUUGGUAAACUUCCUAUUCUUGUAAUCUAAUCGUGGAAGUUCGAAUUUCUCCUUUUCGCACCUAAAAGCGUUCAUCAUUACCUUCAGCUUGUAUUUCUCUCCGGGAACGAACUUAAACUCCAUUGAUUCGUUUUCGAUUUUAACACGCUAUUUUAUGAGACUUUUCAAAGACAUUUUUGUAUUGUAUAUAUUACAUAUGAGUUUAGUGCUUGUUGUUCCACCUUCCGGGCUGCUUGUUGAACCGUAUAUUUUUACGUCUGAAUUUAGUCUUCUUCCUUUAUUUAGUAGGGCCAUAGCACAGAGGACUAGUUUAGUUUCAUUCUGUUUUUGCUUUGCUUAUUUUUGUUUCCGUUCACCGAUCCAAGGUAAUAUCAUAAUACUGUGAACAUAACAAAACAUGACACUGAUCACACUACUCAGUGAUUAAUCACUUGUAAACGAUUCAAAAUAGUGUCAAGUAGUUUUAUUGUCUCACUUUAAUGGUGGUCAUUUUCUAGUUAGAAUAAACUCUGUACUCGUUCGCGAUUUUGAUCUUGAACCUGGAAACCAACCAAAAUGUAGCGGGAAAUUAUUAUUCACACCAUUGUAAUCAAUCUGAUAGAGGGUUUGUUUCGUUUUCUAUCAUUUUUGUUGGCUUACAUUAAAAAAAAUGUAAAAUCUUCUAUGACAAUAAUAUCACUUUAUCAUGCUAUGGAUAUAUGUCAGGUAUAGGGUAGUCAGUCAUGUGGUCGUGAUUGUAUGCGCGUGACCAUCUAAGAGCUGACUCGCCCCACUCUGGAUCGUAUCAGGGUAUUUGAAGGCAUAUGAUAAAUAACUGUUCAAGUGUUUAUUCAUCUUUCUCAUUGUCUACUCGUAUUCACAUCAAAGUUUACUUUUUUUUUUCUUUUUCUUUUUCAAACAAAAAAACAGAUACUUUUUUAAGAAAGCAUCUGAUGAAUUCGAUUCCGGUGUAGUCCAUCAAGAGAUCACCAAUGAUGAUACUAUUCUACCUUUAUGGGAAGGUAAAAUUGUCGCCAAAGUUGAACGAAUUGAUUAAUAGUUGACAAUAGAAGAUGUUAGUUGGAUUUUUUUGUCUAAGGGUAUAAUAAUUAUGAAAUCUGGUUAUUCUCUUUGAUUUUCAUUAUGUUUGAGAGUGAUGUGGCAAUAUAACCACCUAGUUGUAUCUCUUAACUAUUCUCUUUCUUUCUUUCUUUCACUCUUUGAUAUGGCAUUACACAAAUCAUUAGAUUAUUCAAAUGUAAAAAUAAGCGCCUCAAUCUAUUGUAUCACAAUUUUUUUUACUCGAUCACUUUCAUUCUAUCCGUCUAUACGACGCUAUUAUCUUCUUCAUUAUUCUCAAUAUCCGGUUAUUAUCAUUUUCAAUUUAUUCUUAAUAAUAAUAAUAAUAAUGAUGAGGUGAUUGUGGUCAUUUGUGCCUUCUUAUCAUCAUUAUUUUGGUUGUUUUUAAGCUUUAUUAUGUAUGUAUGUAUGUAUGUGUGUAUAUGUGUGAGUGUGUGUGUGUGAGUGUGUACGUGUUCGUGUAUAUGCAGUACAUUUCAGUCAAUCGUACAUACUCGCGCGUGCCCAUCCCGAUCAAUGAUGCUUCUUUUUCCAUAUGGGUUAAACAGGGUAUAUUAUUAUUAUUAUAGUUUCUAUGUUUUUUCUCUCUCCUAUUUUGUUUUUUUUUCCUUUUUUUUUAAAAUUCUUAUAUCGUAAAAAACAAUUUUCGAUUUGUCCAUUUUUUUUUAAAAAAAAACACAUUUAUAUAUAUCCCAGUUGUAUUCUAUAGGGUAGGGGUGUUAACAACGAUAAUCACUGAGAGGGAGAGAGAGAGAGGAGGUCAUUGUAAAUGUUUACUUUAUGCAAUAGUUACCUCUUGUUCAUUUCUUAUUAGCUCUUAUUUUACAUUAAACAUAUGCUGCUACUACUACUACUACUACUACUACUAAUAAUAAUAAUAAUAAUAAUAAUAAUAAUAAUAAUAAUAAUAAUAAUAAUAAUUGAUAUGAUUUAAUUGUUGCCUUUCAAUUCUUGCCCAUCUCCAUUUGACAUACAUGACAAUUAUGAUUAACACUAUUUAAUCACCAAUGUUACUAUUCGUAUGUUUCCUUAAAAAAAAAUUCCCCCCCCCCUGGCUUUUACAAUCCAUCUUGAUGGGUUUUUUUUAUUUUUAUUUUUUAAACUGACUACUAUGAUUAUCAUUGAUAAGGUCAAUUCAAUCUUCAUUAGAUGAAGAGGGUAGGGAGUGGGGGGGGUGACGCCGUAUGAACGCACAUAAUCUGUUUACAAAAAUCAGUGGAGUAUCUAUUUGAAUGAUGAAAGAGCCCAAAAAAAACUUAUUUCUUUUUGGUUUGUUUAUUUAUUUUUUUGUUCAAUAAAAUGUUUCCCUUUGAUUAGUGAGUAAACUGCCUAUGUGUACACGUGUGUGCGCGUUUAUGUGUAGUUGAUGGAAAAUUGGAGACAAAAGGGGGAUCAUGCAACAAGUACGCACACACACAUCCCCACACAUUAUAGAUCAUAGAGUAAAUAAUAAUAAUAAUAAUAAAUAUGUUUUCUACUCAUAUUUCCUCUUCUGAUAUGAAUUUUAUUGUUUUGUUGAAUGAAUGAAUGGUCUAUAAAUGGCAUUAUGUUUCUAUAGUUUAUUGUGCUUUAUAACAUCAUUGCAGUACAUGUGUGUUGUAGUUUGUAAUGUUGAUCUAUUUCUAUUAGAUAAAAUAAAUUUGGUGUUGUUGUUGUUGUUGUUGUCGUCGUCAUCAUCAUCAUCAUAGGUGAUUUGAACAGUUUGUUUAUUUCAAUCUCAUAAUAAGAAUAAAAUGACCAUGUACUUUUAUUUCAAUCUUUACUAUUCAUCUCAACAACACACAAGACAUGCAUAUUAAUCAAAAAAAAAAGAAGAAGAAGACAUGUACUGCAUAACAGUGCAGAUUGUUUCUUUCCUUUUCGAUGAUUAUUUCACGUAGUACCAGUCGAAUUGGAGAUCUAAUUCACGAAAAAUUGUUAUAAUUUGUGCCAUGUGUCUUAUUCAUAUUGAAAUUAAUGAUACUGGCAAUUAUCGACUGGGUCAAUAAUGCAUAAAACCAUUUAUGAAUAGUCUAGAGACUUUAGCGGUCCUGCAUCCUGGUUGUCUGUUGAGUGCAGAGCACAUCAAUCUGAGCCUCUGUGAUAUGAAUCUUAUAUUUCACAAACAUACUGGGUUCAUAUACACCAGCCGCCAAACAGAUCACAUUGUUUUAGAUUGUGAUCAUGAACCGAUUGAUGUUAGACCACUACAAUUGAAAGCUUGGGAGCAGUAGACGGCCGUUUCGUGCUAUUGUGGGACUCCUCGGCAGUGAUUAAGCGUUCGUGCGCGAGACCAAAGGCCCUGGGUUCAAAUCUCGCGAGCGGGAUCGUGGAUGCUCACUGUUGAGGAGUGCCUCAAUAGGACGGAAUGGCCGUCCAGUGCUUCCAGGUUUU